UCGUCUAGUUAAAUAAAAAAUCAAUCACACAUUUUUUACCAAUGUGUACCAACUAUUAAUUACACAAAAUAUCUGUAAAUGUAUAAUUCUUAGUGAAGCCUGCAAAACACAUAUAGCCGCAUAAAUCACUUUAGGUAUGCAUAUACAUUAUUCAUGUUAAGUGAAACAUAAAAUCUUCAUCAGUAGUCGAAUGUGCAGGUGUUGUGUGUGCAGGCCGUUAAAUGGAAAGCUAUGUCUUUAAGAGUUGAGUGAAAGGCGGAGCCAGAGUAUAUUCUUGUAGCGUGGUGGAGCUUAAAAGAACAUCACUCACAACAAUAGUAUUAUUGAGUAGUCUCUCAGAACAUAAAGAAUAGUUACUGUACCAAAUGCGUUGUCCUUUAUUUCUCCUCAGUACAAUAGCAGACUGAAGCUUGUAAAUUGGGCUAUACUAACGUCUACCGCAAAACACGGGAAGUAGAACUGUCGCCAGAAGAGGAUUCUUAACGUUUCUACGUAACAGCUGAGGAAAACUUGUAAGGUCCAGCAGUAGCAGCCAGCUGGGCAGUCCGAGUGUUUCCUGGCUUUGAUGCGACCCGAUUGUGCCUGGAGCAUGUGCACAGCGGGCCUGACUGCCCAGGAGAUCUGUUUACCUGCAGACAGCCCCUUCCUGCGGACCAGUCACUGUCUCAGCAUGGCUGAAGCCAAGCCCUCAUGGAGCCACCGCCAUGAGCUGGACAACUUGUACUUCAGUAUGGAUCCAGCACCAACAGAAUACAACUUUCGAUUUCAGCAGCAGGUGCCACCAUCGCUCAAUUCUGAGAGACAGAAACAUAGCCCUGGUGCACAGUGGUUACCCCCAAAGAAAUCCCGUCCCACUCAUCUGUCCCUGUCAUCUAGCACUGAGCCCUCCACCCCUAGCCCUGCUGAGGAUGACCAGGUGGUCCCUUCCUUCCAGAGGUUGUCUGUGUACGAACACUGCAGUCCCCCCCACACACCUAGCCGGGGGGCCAAACCCCUGCCUCCUCUCCCUGGGCGGGCAGACCUUUCCCCUGACCAGGCCAUGGACAAUGAGGUGGAGUUCUUCACCAGUUCAGAUGACCGACGCUGCUUGGUGCCUGAGCAGUGUCACCCCAAACCCUCUGCCUUUCGCUACGGAGCCCCCAGCCGCAGGAGCUUCAGGGGCUGUGGGCAGAUUAACUAUGCCUACUUUGAGGGACCUGCGGGGCAGCAAAGACAACAGGAACAGAAGGAGCAGCAGCGGGUACAGGAACAACAGCGGGUACAGGAACAACAGCGGGUACAGGAACAACAGCGGCAACAGCACGAGCAGCAGGAACAGCAACAGAGGUUGGAGCAGGAGGUGCGGGAGCAAGCAGAGCAGCAGCCAGUGUGUCCCAGACAGCAGGACCGAGCCCAGAGGAAGCUGCGGCGCUCUCACUCUGGCCCUGCUGGCUCCUUCAACAAGCCCACGUCGCUGCGCCUACCCUGUCACCACCGCCACACUCAGGGCAUGGACAAACCAAUGGUUCCCCCCCGCGUGCCCAUCCCCCCACGGCCCAUCAAGACUGCAGACUACCGCCGCUGGUCAGCCGAGGUGUCCUCUGGGGCAUAUAGUGACGAGGACAAGCCCCCCAAGGUGCCCCCCAGGGACCCUUUGUUGUCUCAAGGCAGCUCCCGUACCCCCAGCCCCAAGAGCCUCCCCUCGUACCUUAACGGUGUUAUGCCCCCCACACAGAGCUUUGCCCCAGACCCUAAGUACGUGAGCUGGGGUUUACAGAGGCAGAACAGUGAGGGGUCUCCAUGCAUCCUGCCUGUCAUGGAGAACGGCAGGAAGGCCAGCACCACACACUACUUCCUGCUCCCACAGAGGCCGGCCAACCUGGACAAACCUUACCCGGAGAAGAUACUCCAGGAUGUGGACUGCCCGGCAGGUCGCAGUAGGGGGGCUUCAGACCCAGAAUGGGAUUGUCAGACCAAGAGGAAAGUACAGGUGGAUAUAGUUUGACCCGGAGGAGACAAAUUAGGGAAGGACUCCAGUGGACUCGCGCAAUCAACCACUGGGGACACAGAGCCUCAGGACGCUGAGGCCUUCAAACACUUACUGCUGCUUUAACACUGACGACUUCGGUAGUUUUUACCUUGCUAUUCUAAAAACAUGGGUAUUUGACGUACCAUUUACAGUUACUGGGACUUUAGGAACUGCAACUACAACAAAGAUGCAUGGUCUAAAUGUGUUCUCUAACUAUUGAGUGUGUGGGUAAUAUGUAACAAUUUUUAGUUCUCUUUUUUUUAUAUGAUUUAAUAUUUUAGUACAUUGAGUAUAUGUAAAUGUUUUUCUGAUAGUGGUGCAGUUAGCGUAUAAGCUGCCUCAAGUUCUCAGUGGUGUGUGUGUCACAUGUAUAGGAUGUUUUGUGAGUUGUAUGUUGUGUUUUUGAUAUUGCUUUUGUGUCUCAGAACUUGGGGACAAAGGGUCAGUAAAGCAAUCAUCAAUCUCCUAUUGCAUAUAUGAAGUCUAAAGAAGAGGCCAAUGUAUUGAAACACUUUUAUGAAGGAUUCUCCACCCACAUCCCCGUUCUAACUCCUAUUAUGUAUAAGCAUGAAUAUAGGAAUGCACAUAUGUUUCCUGCCUUGUUGAUAUUUCAGUCUUACUCAGGCCACUAUGUUUAUGAAUGGAAGUGUAUUUCUGUGUUUCCCUCACUGGAUGUACACUCUGUACCCGUGGGAGAGUGGAAUAAUGGUAUGCCUGUCUCCAGUGGAAUGUCUAGUGCAGUUUGUACUUUGUGUUAGGCGUGUGUGUGCGUGGUGCAACUGUGUUCGUGUUUUCCCUGCUGAUUUUGUGACUUUUCUACCAUAUCGUAGAAAACUAGGUUAACAAUAUUUGUUACUGUUCUCUUCCUGUUUUCAACACUGCUGCCAAAUACACGGUCGUAAAGAGCAUCCUCCCUAACCCUUAUGCUACUUUCAGUGUCCAGGUCAUUUUGUGUUGCACAAAAAUGUGCCUGUUGAACAUAUGUGAAUGUAUGAUUUUCUUACAGUUUGGGCAGCUCAGUAGCUGGUCAAGCUGGGAGUCAUUGUCUGUCACUAAUUGUCUUCAAUACUACCUCCCAAUGACAAUACAAAUCAAUAUAUACCCAAAAACCUUGUGGAACGUAAUCCUAAAAUAAUUUGAAUUGAAACCUCUAAAUUAAAACUGAAACAGUGCCAAAUAUUUCUCAAACGCCCUCAGUGAAAAUAUGAAAUAUGAUUCAAAUAUAAACCACUACUUCACUUACCAUAGUCCAUUUACCAUAUUUCAGAAUUAUAAACCAAUGACCCGGACCUUUCAUUUGACAUUAUUUCCACUACACCAAGUGAUCGUGGAUCCCAGAGACGUUGGGCUCACCUGAUAACACAUAAGACAUAUUAUGCUUGACUGUGUGGGGCUUACCUACAUGAAACGGACUUUCCUGUUCUGCUAAUGCAUUCCUGCCUGACAUGAUUGCAGUGGGUGUGGUCCAGAGACUUUGGCUGCUGGCGGCCAGGAAAUGAUAUGGAUUUUAUUGUAAUAGAUUAUUCAAGAAUCAUAAUGAUGACAUAGUGAAUUUAGCAAGUGUGUCGAAGUAACCCUGGAUAUAAAUCAUGGUGGUCGAAUUGGAUAUCAGAUUAGCUCUACAGUCAAAUGGUCACUUAAGUACAUUUUCCCUCAAAGGGAAAACAAACCUAGUGGAGGCCGUGUCGUUUUAUAUUUCAUGUAUAAUACAUUGUUUACAUUGUACACUGAUAGGUUAUUUAAUCUUAACCUAUUCCCAUGUCUUAUCGGAAACAAUGAAAUCCAAUGAAGACUAGUUCAUCAAGAAUAAUUGACAUUAUCUGCUGUGGUGAAACAAAUGCACUGGGAGUAAAGAACAUGAUGCUGUGUUUAUUUAACAUAAAUACACUAGUCAUUAUGAAUAUUUGAUCUCAAUGUAUCAGUCUUUUAAAGGGAAAAAUAAAAUGACUUAUUUAUGAA